UUUUCCGGGAGACGCCGCGGGUGCACGAGGGACUCUCCGGCGCCUCUCUUUGCGGAGGGAGGGUUGGUCGCCGCCGCCGGGCGCUCCUUCGUCCGAACGUCUCCGUUAGCCGCCGUCGCCGAUGCGUCCGCCGUGACGGGACCCACUUGCUGCCGCCUCCUUUCGUUUCCGCCGCUACCGUGAGGAGUCCUUUCGGCCCUUUCGUCACAACCCCGGCUGGCCAUUUCGAGCGUCCAGCUUGAUCGUUUUGCUGCGAUUAAGUGUUCUUGUAACUUUUAUUUCCUCUUUCACUUUGUAUUCGCCCGAGAACCCGGUGUUCCUAUUCACUGCGGCGCGAAGUUCCCGGUUGAUAGUGGCCCGCUUAGCGGUUAGCUUCCGUCGCCUUUGCCUCGUCGUUAGUCGUAGUUGUUCGCAGUGGCUCGGACUUGCGAAAACUGCCCUGUUCUUGUAUAGUUUCUUUUCUUUCUUGUUCUCGGUGUGCUGCUCAGAAACCGGUGUUUACGUGUUCACUCCCUCUCUCGAUCCGCCUUCGUGGAACGAUACAUUUUCUGACUGAGCGCCAUAAGUUUACGUCGAUUAGAGUCCGGAGAGACCGUAAUUAGCCAUCGGCACUCGCCUGGCCUUGCGAAGUCAGUUGUUCAAUUUGGCUUUUCACUUCAGCUCUCUAUGCUAGCGUAUUUCUUUUUUCUAGUGAAGAAAAGAAAUAUGUUAGGCAAUCGACUUUAGAAAAAAAAUCCGCUCGUCCAUGGCUCAUCCUAGCUCGUCGCUCGGCGUCGACCGGACAUUCUUUUCAAUCUCCGAUCUUUCGAACUUCGAAAUCGGCGACGAUGAAGGCACUUAUGACGCAGGCGUGGUCUCUGCAUUGGGAACGUCUUAGGCAGAACGUCUACAAAAGCGCUUAGUAGAAACAGGUAAUCCUUCUAACUCUCUCGCGUCUCCGUCGUGUUGGUUCUCUCUCACCGCUAGCAUUUCCCUAGCAUUCCCCUAGCUUUGCCGUCUGCUCCAGUUUUUAGUUUCGUCCAUUCUCCACCGAGUUAAAAAAAACCAGCACGCCGAAUUUGCCACGAAAUACGUAACGCGAGCGCGUUUGCUUUUGCCCGUCCCUGUUCGGCGCCAACCACCUGUGGAAUCUCGGCGCUGCUUUCUGAUCGGAGGGCUGCGUUGCGUUGUACUCUGAACCGUUGUUCCCCGUUCUGGUUGCGGUGUUCACAGUGAACUGACAAGAACAUUUGCACCAAGGCGUUGGCCGCCAUCGAAAACGAACACAUGCAAACCCGAGCUGCUUCCAGAGCUCAUUCUACGGCCACGCCAGCCACUGCCGACUCCAACUUGGAGACAGAAGAAACAGCUGCUCUUCUCAGUAUCGCAUCCGCGCAAGACUGUUGUAAGGCUCCUCCAUCCCGACUGCACCCAAGAAAAAAAUAAUAAGCAGCUUAACCUCUUUGUACCAUCCACGCCAGUGAAAAAGAAUAAGGAAAAGAACAAGAAAAGCAGCUCGGGCUUCUUUUUUCAGGCUUCGCAACAGCCAUGAAACUGGACUUGUUACUUACAACUCUUUGAAAACCAAUGAACUGCGCCGCUCGCCGUGUCCGCUAGAACGACCAAGCUACUUCGCUGAGCUUCAGAUUCCAGGAACAAACAAUUUUUGCCCUACCUCGCAAGAUCCCCCCGUGCCCCAGGUGAAAGCAUACCCAAGCGUUACAUCGAUCGGACAGUUCAGAAGUCGUUCGACGUCGUGGGCACCUAAGUGCGGCUAAUGUGAGCGUCUUAACCAGUUUCGUGCUUCGCCAAGUGCGCGACAGACGACAAGUUGUGGCCGUCUGCUAAAAAACCUAACUUUCCCGGAACCUUAAGCCCGAUUGCCGCGUAUCCCCUUCUUGCGACGUUGUCGCCGUGUCCUCCUAAAGUUCUUACGGCGAGCCGGUUUGAAGAAGAUAGGGUACUUAAGUUUUAGAACAGCGAUUACCACAGGUGUGUUGUCACUCGAACGUUGUUGAGCCAUUCGCAGUUGAUCCCCGUGCUCUGAGAAAAGGCACGUGGCAGCCGUAGGCCAGCAAAAUUGGCGAAAGCAGGUAGAGCGAAAACGAGGCGAGUGGCCGUGGAUAUCGAACUAUGAGGCUGCGCGGUGAAGAACACGGAGCUAGCCAGACGCUAACCGAGUGGCCACCCUGGCAGCUGGCUUCAGAGAAGAAGCAAGAACAGUGACUCGGCUUAUUUCGACCGCAGUCAUCGCAGCGAGCGAUACUAGAGAGCACACCGCGCGAGGUGUCGUCGAAACCCGAACGCCUGUUGAGCCGGGCGCGUGAUGCACCACUGACGUUCUGUUUUUUGCGUGUGCGUGCGGGAGCCAUCUGAGGACAAAGAAAAGUGUGAACUCGCAGUGGUGGACGACUUCGCGGCGCCAUCUCCUUCGUCGAGCAGGAACACGCGCCAGGAGUCUUCUGCUUCCGCUGCUGCUGCUGCUGCUUCUGCGGACGUGAUGUGCUGAGCGGGGAGUGUGGCGGCCGAGCGAUGAGCGGAGUGGGCCGCCUGUUCUGGCAGCCCCUGUGGAUAGUCCUGGUCACCUGGCAGUCGCUGGCCGUGCUCUUCUUCUUGACCAACCCACUCGCGCUGCGAAGUGCCGAAGCCGCCACGCCGGCCAGAUCCGUCAUCAAGAUCGGGGCACUCUUCACCGACGACCAGCGCUCAUCGGCGAUGGAGCUGGCCUUCAAGUACGCCGUGAUCCGCAUCAACAAAGACCGCACUCUGCUGCCCAACAUCACGCUCAACUUCGACAUCCAGCACAUUCCCAAGGGAAACAGCUUCCGAGCGGCCAAGAUGGCCUGCAACCUGAUCAGCUCGGGCGUGGUGGCCAUGUUCGGGCCCAACGAUCCGAUGAUUGGCGCGCACAUCCAGUCCCUCUCGGACUCGCUGGACAUCCCACACAUUGAAAGCCGACUGGACCUCGAGCCUGACGUCAAGGACUGCUCCGUGAACCUGCACCCGGACCCUCAGAUCACCGGCAAGUCGAUGCGAGACCUGGUCCAGUACCUCAACUGGACACGCAUCGCGGUCCUCUACCAGGACGACAUCUCACUCAUCAGCCUCCAGGAGCUGGUGCGGCCGUUUCCACCCAAGAACGUGCAGUACCUCUUUCGAAGGGCAGAGAACUUCACAGCGACGCUGAUGGACAUCAAGAGCCGCGGGAUCUACAGCAUGAUUAUUGACGUGCGACCCGAAAACCUCACCGCUUUCCUCAGAGCGAUUUUGCAAAUCCAGAUGAACGACUACAAAUACCACUACCACUUUGCUACUUACGACAUUGAAGCCUACAACUUAGAAGACUUCCAGUACAACUUCGUCAACAUCACUGCUUACCGAAUGGUUGACUCGGAAAACCAGACAGUUCGGAACAUAAUGAGAGACAUGGAAAAAUUUCAACCGUUCGGGCAGAACAUCCUCAACCGUACCAACGUGAUAAUCACGGAACCCGCCCUCAUGUUCGACGCUGUGUACGCCUUCGCCCACGGGCUCAACGACCUGCAACGAAGCGCCACGCUGCGCCCGGCCAACGUCUCCUGCGAGGACGAGGUCUCGUGGACCGAAGGCACCAGCCUCUUCAACCUCAUCAGCAUGGUAGAUUUUUAUGGCCUGACGGGAAAUAUCCGGUUCAACGAGGGAAACCGGACGAGCCUGAAACUAGAUUUGCUCAAGCUCCGCCAGAACUUUUUAGAAAAAGUAGGUGAGUGGUCUACUAGCGAUGGCCUCAACAUCACAAACCACAAUGCCUUCCACGACUUUGGUACCUCCAAUAUCACGCUUCGAGUGACUACUAUAGAGUCACGGCCGUACGUGAUGAUGAAGCAGAACAAAAACCUGACGGGUAACGACCGCUUCGACGGCUUCUGUAUCGACCUCCUUCGCACCAUUGCCGACUUGCUGGGAUUCAACUACGAGCUCUACCUGGUUCCCGACAAGAAGUUCGGCGUCGAGAACACCACUACAGGCGAGUGGAACGGCAUGGUACGGGAGAUCAUCGACAAGAACGCCGAUCUGGCCGUAGCGCCCAUGACCAUCAACUACGCGCGCGAGUCCGUCAUCGAUUUCACCAAGCCCUUCAUGAACCUAGGCAUCGGCAUCCUCUUCAUGCUGCCCUCCGGAAUGCCCGUCAAGCUAUUCUCGUUCAUGAGCCCCCUGGACGUGGACAUCUGGCUAUACGUUCUGGCCGCCUACAUGCUCGUCUCCUUCACCAUGUUCAUUGUGGCGCGGUUCAGCCCGUACGAGUGGCGCACGCCGCACCCGUGCGUGCGAGACGCCGGCGUCAUGGAGAACCAGUUCAGCCUGGGCAACAGCUUCUGGUUCACCAUCGUAACCCUAAUGCACCAGGGCUGCGACCUCAACCCGAAGGCGACGUCGACGCGCAUCGUGGGGACCAUCUGGUGGUUCUUCACGCUCAUCCUGAUCUCGUCCUACACAGCCAACCUGGCCGCCUUCCUGACCGUCGAGCGCAUGAUCACGCCCAUCGAGAGCGUCGAGGACCUGGCGGAGCAGAGCAAAAUUUCCUACGGAACCCUGGACUCGGGCUCCACUAUGACCUUCUUCAGGGAUUCCAAGAUGGAGACGUAUCAGAAGAUGUGGCGGUUCAUGGAGAACCGUCCCGGAGUGUUCGUCAGCUCCUACGAGGAUGGAGUACAGCGAGUACUGCAGGGCAACUACGCCUUCCUCAUGGAGUCGACCAUGCUCGACUUCAUGGUCCAGCGCGAUUGCAACCUCACUCAAGUUGGUGGACUGCUAGACUCCAAGGGAUACGGCAUCGCCACACCUAUGGGCUCACCUUGGAGGGACAAGAUCUCUCUGGCCAUCCUGGACCUUCAGGAGAAAGGUGUAAUCCAGAUACUGUACAACAAGUGGUGGAAAAGCCCCGGACUCACCUGCAACCGAGACGACAAGAACAAGGAGGGCAAAGCCAACGCGCUGGGACUCGCCAACAUUGGCGGAGUCUUCGUAGUGCUUCUCUGCGGGCUCGCCGUCGCCAUCCUCACCGCAAUCAUGGAGUUCUGCAUCAACUCUCGCAAGCAUGCUCAGACAGACAGGAACUUGCUAUUCUGUUCCACGCAGCAAUCGCUCUGCUCGGAGAUGGCCGAAGAGCUGCGGUUCGCCGUGCGCUGCCGGGCGUCUCGCCAGCGACCCGCCCUGCGCCGCCAGUGCUCCAAGUGCCUGACCACGACGGCCGCCAACACGUACGUGCCGAGCGCCAUGGACCUGCACGCGCAGGAGAACGGCAUCAUGCAGAUGCUCGAGAUGCGCAAGUCGCCGCUGCACUUCGACUGCACCGACUCCUAGCACAGGGCCGCGGAGGGGGCCCACCACCAGUGCGGUGGUGCUGGCGGCGGCGGCGGCGGCAGCAGCUUGGCCUCCUCCUC